AUGUUGAAGAUCUCAUUACUUGCAAAGGACAACAACAGCAAGCCCAAGUCCUUGGAUGAAGGGGCCAAGUCACUCUCGGAAAGUAAUGGUGUCACUUCAGAGAGGAUCCAUCUUGCAGAGGAAGCCAAUGGAUUGUCGAUGAUGCAAACCUUGAUUCAUUUACUGAAAUGCAACAUUGGCACAGGGCUCCUGGGACUUCCUCUAGCCAUGAAAAAUGCCGGCUUAUUGGUCGGUCCUUUCAGCCUGCUGGCCAUCGGGAUCCUCACCGUGCAUUGCAUGGUCAUCCUGCUGAAUUGUGCUCAACACCUAAGUCAGAGGCUGCAGAAGACUUUUGUGAACUAUGGAGAAGCCAUGAUGUACAGCCUUGAAACCUGCCCAAACGCCUGGCUGAGAACACACUCAGUGUGGGGAAGGUACACUGUCAGCUUCUUAUUAAUCAUCACCCAGCUGGGCUUCUGCAGUGUUUAUUUUAUGUUUAUGGCAGACAAUUUACAACAGAUGGUGGAAGAAGUCCACGUGACCGCCAAAACCUGCGAACCCAGGAAGAUCCUGGUGCUGACCCCCAGUGUGGACAUACGCUUCUACAUGCUGACAAUUCUGCCCUUCCUGAUCCUGCUGGUGUUUAUCCAGAACCUCAGGGUGCUGUCCAUCUUCUCCACGCUGGCCAACAUCACCACCCUGGGGAGCAUGGCUCUGAUCUUUCAGUAUAUCAUGCAGGAGAUUCCAGAUCCCAGGAACCUACCGUUGAUGGCAAGCUGGAAGACCUUCUUACUGUUCUUCGGUACAGCCAUCUUCACAUUUGAAGGCGUCGGCAUGGUUCUACCUCUCAAAAACCAGAUGAAGCAUCCACAGCAGUUUUCCUUUGUUCUGUACUGGGGGAUGUCCCUUGUCAUCGUCCUCUACAUCUGCCUGGGGACACUGGGCUACAUGAAGUUUGGCUCGAACACCCAGGCCAGCAUCACCCUCAACUUGCCCAAUUGCUGGUUGUACCAGUCAGUCAAGCUGAUGUACUCCAUCGGCAUCUUCUUCACCUAUGCCCUCCAGUUCCACGUCCCAGCUGAGAUCAUCAUCCCCUUCGUGAUCUCCCAGGUGUCAGAGAGCUGGGCGCUGUUUGCAGACCUGUCUGUCCGCACAGCCUUGGUCUGUCUGACCUGUGUCUCAGCCAUCCUCAUCCCCCGCCUGGACCUGGUCAUCUCCCUGGUGGGCUCCGUGAGCAGCAGUGCCCUGGCCCUCAUCAUCCCUCCCUUCCUGGAGCUCAUCACCUUUUACCCUGAAGACAUGAACUGUACCACCAUUGUGAAGGACAUCAUGAUCAGCAUCCUGGGCCUUUUGGGGUGUGUAUUUGGAACAUACCAAGCCCUCUAUGAAUUGACCCAACCCAUCAACCAUUCCAUAGCCAACUCCACAGGUGUCUAUGCAUAA